UUCUGCAAAACAUCUACUGGUAAGCCAGACGAAACAGACAAGUUUUGAUGACCAUUUUUGAUCCAAUAUACAUGUGCAUUGGGGAAACUUGACAUGUUGGCAUCAAGAGCUUUGCUAGCGAAGCGGGUGGCGUCUGUCCUGAUCCACCAGCCUGCCUGCCUGGCACACCAUGGUGGGGACUGGGGCAACUGGGGUAAUACCAACAUCGCAGUGGUGCUCUCAGGGUGUGGUUGGUGGGAUGGCACUGACAUCCAUGAGGCUGCAUUCACGAUGUAUCACUUGAGCCGCAAUGGCGCACAGUUUCAGAUUUUCGCCCCAAACCAACAACAAAUGCAGGUGAUGGAUCACAUGAAGCAGCAGCCUGCUGGGGAGAACAGAAACAUGAUGGUGGAGGCUGCUCGUUUCAGCCACGGCCAGGGAAGGAUGCAAAUGCAAGACCUGUCCAGGCUGGACGUCAACAGCUUUGAUGCCGUCAUCUUUCCUGGGGGACAUGGAGUGACCAAAAACCUGUCCACCUUCAACAAGGAUGGUAAGGACUGCAAGCUGAACAAUGACGUGGAGAGAAUCCUGAAGGAGUUCCACCGAUCCCACAAGCCCAUUGGCCUAGCUAGCAUGGCCCCCUUGCUGGCUUGCCGUGUUCUGCCCAGCCUGGAGGUUACCAUGGGCUACGAGCGGGACGAGAACAGCCGUUGGGGCCGCUGGCCAAACACCAACAUGGUGCAGGCCGUCAAGAGCAUGGGUGCCCGCCACAACAUCCGUGAGCCUUACAUAUCCUUACAAAAAGGUGCCCCAACACACACCAGCUUCUCUAGUAAAACACAACAACUGAAACACACUCUGAGAAAUAAAGGAACAGUGGAGGUACAAUUUUCCAAAUGCACCCUGAAAGUACAACACUGUUCUAUUUGAGUACCAAGUUGUUUACAAGCAAAAGAGGUACAAAUAUAUUGCUGGCUAGGACUACAGUUUUAUGCACCUAUUGGGUACCACCCCAGUGACAAGCGUUUGUACCUUUAUAGGCACUUUUUAAUACCUAAUUUUCUGAGAGUGCACCGUAUACAGUUUUUACCUCUUACUGUACGUUUAGACAUACAUAUAGAUGACUAAGCACAAAACAGCAGUGAAUACAGGUAAAGGUGGAUAUUCAUUUACAUACUUGUGUGACAUGUUUACUCGCUUCACUUCAGCUCACUUUCAGGUAUAAAAAUCUAUGAGCAUUUAAUGUAUCUUCCUUAACUCCCUGCUUCACGAAGCUUAUGUGGAUGAGAAGAACAAGGUCAUCAGCACCCCCACUUUCAUGUGGGAGACAGACUACCACUACCACUACAUCUUCGAUGGCAUUGGCAACAUGGUCAAGCAUGUCAUGCGUAUGGUUGCCAAGUGAACCCAUGCACCAGAGGUCAGGCUGUGAAGCAUGGUCAUUUUGAGGGGAGAGGAGCUCUUACAUUAGUUUCCUUUUGAAUGUCUAAAAGGGGAAACCUAAUGCUUAACCUGAAUAAACAGGCAGAUACAAAUAAACUUAAGAAAGCA